AUGACUCUGGAAGGCCCAUGUUGGGCAAGGAGAGAACCUGGAGGCUUCCUUACAGCCUGGGGUCCUCCAGCUCAGAUUCUGCUGGCCUGGGUGGUUCUAUCGUGCAUGGAAAAUGGUCAAGGCUACUGGGAUGGGACCCUGGAAUCUGCGAGUCCAGACCGUGUGCGAAGGCGUGGCAGGCCUGCCAUCAUUUUGCAGGGGCCUAAUGUCUGUGGUUCCCGCUUUCAUGCCUACUGCUGCCCUGGCUGGAGGACUCUGCCUGGCAGGAAUCAGUGUGUUGUCCCUGUCUGCAGGCAUGCCUGUGGCAAUGGCUUCUGCUCCCAGCCCAACCUGUGUACCUGUAUGGAUGGGACCCUGGCCCCCAGCUGUGGCAUAAGUAGAGCAUCACUGGGGUGUAGCAUGAGCUGCAUGAAUGGGGGCAGCUGCCGAGGGGAAUCCUGUCUGUGCCACAAAGGCUACACGGGCACUGUGUGUGGACAACCCAUCUGUGUCCACGGCUGCCGUAACGGGGGACGCUGCAUCGGGCCAAACCUCUGUGCGUGUGUCUAUGGAUUCAUGGGGCCUCAGUGUGAGAGAGACUUCCAGAUGGGGCCCUGCUACCCCCAUGUGAGUCCUGAGGGGUGCCAGCACCAGCUGACAGGUCUUAUGUGCACCAAAGCUCUCUGUUGUGCCACUGUGGGCCAUGCCUGGGGACUUCCCUGCCAGCUCUGCCCUGUACAGCCACACCCCUGCCGCCGAGGCUUUACCCCAAAUGUUCACACAGGAGCCUGCCAAGAUGUGGAUGAGUGCCAGGUCAUCUCGGGCCUGUGCCAGGGCGGCAGCUGUCUCAAUACAGUGGGCUCCUUCAAAUGCCGCUGUCCUGCUGGACACCAGUUCAAUAUCAGAGGCGCCAAAUGUGAAGAGCACCAGGUGGGCACCUGCUUCUCAGUGCUUAUCAGAGGUCAGUGUGCUGCAGGUCUCACUGGCCACUACACUCACAGGCAGUGCUGCUGCGACAAGGGCAGGUGCUGGACGACUGGUCCAUCCCCAAAGCUGUGUCCUCCACGGGGUUCUGGUGAAUUCCUGAGACUGUGUGCCCAAGGGCUCCCACUGCUGCCCGCCUAUACAGACCUCUUCCCUGGACUCUCAGAAGUUGGAUCCAAUAACCUGGGCUCUGCCCUAGGGCCAGCACAACACAACCACCGUGGUUCCAAUGAGCAUGGGCACCAACGUUCCACCCUGAGCUCUGGCAACUUCAACAGUGGACCCAGUGAUCAACCAUUCCUCUGUGCAGAUGUGAGGCUGGGGCUGUGUUUCCUACAUUGGGAUGAGGAUGACUGUGGAAUUCCCCUGCCUGGCAAGUACCGGAUGGACGUCUGUUGCUGCUCCAUUGGGACAUCAUGGGGAGCUGAGUGCAAGGUUUGCCCAGAGCCCAGCUCCCCAGAAUUCUUCAAACUGUGUCCCCAAGGGCUGGGCUUUGCCAGCCAGAACUUCCUGUCUGGCCGACCCUUCUAUAAAGAUGUGAAUGAAUGCCAGGUGUUCCCUGGCCUGUGCACACAUGGCACCUGCCUCAAUUCUGUGGGCAGCUUCCACUGCUCCUGUGACAAAGGCUUUGCCCUGGAUGCCCGAGAAAGGAACUGCACAGACAUCAAUGAAUGUCGUAUCUCACCUGACGUCUGUGGCCACGGUUCCUGCGUCAACACCCCAGGCAGCUUUGAGUGUGAUUGUUUUCCCGGUUUCACUAGUGAUUCUUUGCUAAUGAAGAACUGUGUGGAUGUAGACGAAUGUGUUAGGGACCCGCUGCUCUGCCAGAGAGGCACCUGCAUCAACAUGGAAGGGAGCUAUGAGUGUCACUGUCCCCCUGGACAUGAGCUGAAGGCCCAAGGCACUGCCUGUGAAGACAUCGAUGAAUGCACCACGAGUGACAGCCUCUGUCCCCAUGGCCAGUGCAUCAACAUCAUCGGUGCUUUCCAUUGCUCCUGCCACACAGGUUUCCAGAGCACUCCUGAUGGCCAGGGCUGCGUGGACACCAAUGAAUAACAAGUCCAGAACAGAGGCUGUGAAGUGCAGUGCACAAACGUGAAGGGAAGCUUCCAGUGCAGUUUUGGCAGGAUGCCCAAUAGGAGAGUGUGCACAGAUGUGGAUGAAUGUGAAGACAACCGAGACAUCUGUGGGGAAGGCCAGUGUACCAACGUGCCGGGAUCUUACCAUUGCAUUUGCUACAACGGUUUCUCAGUCUCACCAGACAUGAAGAUUUGUGUAGAUGUGAAUGAGUGUGACAUGAAUCCCCACCUCUGUCUCCAUGGGAACUGUGAGAACACAAAAGGAUCCUUUACCUGUCAUUGCCACCUGGGCUAUGCCAUCAGGAAGGGAGCUCCAGGCUGCUCUGAUGUGGACGAAUGUGAGUUUAAAAGACACAAUUGUGACAGGCAUGCCUCCUGUCUCAAUCUCCCGGGGAGUUUCUUCUGUAGAUGCCACCCAGGCUGGACUGGGGAUGGCUUCAAAUGCCACGACCUGGAUGAAUGUGCCAUCCAGCAACAUCGUUGUGCUCCACAAGCUGACUGCCUCAAUACCCUGGGCUCCUACCACUGCAUGUGCCAACCAGGAUUUGUUGGAGAUGGCUUAUUCUGUGAAGACAAGGAUGAAUGCAUGGAGAAUGUGGGCCUCUGUAAUAAUGGACAGUGCCUCAAUGUAGCUGGCGGGUACCACUGUGAAUGUGAUAUAGGCUUCAACCCUACCAAGAACCAGCAAGCUUGCUGUGAUGUGGACGAGUGUGCUCUUGGGAACCUGUGCAUGUUCGGGAACUGUGAAAACCUGCCUGGAAUGUUCCACUGCAUCUGUGAGGAUGGCUAUGAACUGGACAAAACUGGAAGCAACUGCACAGAUGUUGACGAGUGUGCAAAUCCUGUGAACUGCAUCAAUGGCCUAUGUGUUAACACCCCUGGCAGCUACCUCUGCAACUGCCCCCAGGACUUUCAGCUUACCCCCAGUGGGACCGGCUGUAUUGACACCCAGGCUGUGAUCUGUUUCCUGGAUGUGCAGGACCAAGAUGACGGUGGCAUUUCCUGUAGUGCAGAGAUUGGAGUUGGUGUCAGCAGAGCGUCUUGUUGUUGUUCCCUGGGUCAGGCCUGGGGAAACCCCUGCAAGCUGUGUCCAACAGACAACACCUCAGAAUAUAGGACCCUGUGCCCCGGUGGUAAGGGUUUCCAGCCAAAUUCCAUCACUUUGAUUCUGGAAGACAUCAAUGAAUGCCAGGAACUACCCAGACUGUGCCAGGGAGGCAACUGCACCAAUGCCUUCGGUACCUUCCAAUGUGAGUGUCCUCCUGGAUAUAGCAUCAGUGAAGAUACCCACACCUGUGAGGAUAUUGGUGAAUGCUCCUCACACCCAGACACCUGUAGCCCCGGCCCAGGCUACAGCUUAGGAAAUUACACCUGUAUCUGCCCUGCAGAGUUCCUGAUGCAGGUCAGCAGUGGCAACAACUGUGUGGACACGAGAAAGAGCAAGCGUUUCCGGCACUGUCAUGGUACAUGUGGGAACACGCUGAACUUCAGUGUGACCCGGAGGAUGUGUUGCUGCUCCUACAGCAUGGGGCAGGCAUGGAACAGACCCCGUGUGGCCUGUCCCACCCCUGCCAACUAUAUUGAUGAGUGUCUGAGCCUGCCCGGGACCUGUCUGCCAGGCACCUGUCAGAACUUGGAAGGUUCCUUUCAGUGCAUCUGCCCCCCUGGCUUCCAGGUGCAGAGUGGCCAUUGCAUUGAUACUGAUGAAUGCUUGGAGGAGCCCAGCCUCUGCUUUCUUGGCACCUGUGCCAACAGUCCUGGGACCUUCCAGUGUCUCUGCCCUUCUGGUUUUGUCCUCUCUGACAGUGGACACUACUGUUUUGACAUUCGCCAGAGUUUUUGCUUCACCCGAUUUGAGGCCGGAAAGUGUUCAAAUCCCAAAGCUUUCAACACCACGAAGACCCAGUGCUGCUGCAGCAAGAACCCUGCAGAGGGUUGGGGGGACCCCUGUGAACUGUGCCCUCAGAAGGACAGUGUUAAUUUUCAGGAGCUCUGUCCCUUUGGCCAUGGGGCUGUCCCAGGCCCAGAUGGCUCCAGAAAAGAUGUGAAUGAGUGUUCAGAGAACCCUGGCAUCUGCACUGAUGGUCCCUGUGUCAACACUGACGGAUCCUUCCAUUGCAAGUGCCCCUUUGGCUACAGCCUGGACUUCACCAGCAUCUCCUGCGUUGGAGACCCCUGUGGGGGAGGUAUUUGCCCAAAUGUCGUUGGAAGUUUCAAAUGCACAUGUACUUGAGGCUUUGAGCCCGGCCCCAUUAUGAUCUGUGACAACAUUGAUGAGUGCUCCCUGAAUCCACUGCUCUGUGCUUUCCGCUGCCACAACACUGAGGGCUCCUACCUAUGCACCUGCCCAGCUGGCUACACACUGAGGAAGGAUGGCGCCAUGUGCCAAGAUGUGGAUGAGUGUGCAGAUGGGUCUCAGGAUUGCCACACCCGAGGCAUGCUGUGCAAAAACCUCAUCGGCACCUAUGUCUGUGUCUGCCCGCCUGGCAUGCAGCUCCAGCCCUCUGGGGAGGAUUGCACAGAUGAGGAUGAAUGUCAGGCCCAGUCCAGCCUCUGUGCCCACGGUCGCUGCAUCAACACAGUGGGAAGCUUCCAGUGUCAUUGCGAUGAGGGUUUCCAUCCCAGCCCCACCCUCACUGAGUGCCAUGAUACUCGGCGGGGGCUCUGCUUCUCUGAGGUGCUACAGGCCAUGUGCCAGAGUUGGUCAAGCAGUGGUGAGGCUGUACCCAGAGUCGAGUGCUGCUGUGGAGGUGGCCGGGGCUGGGGCCCCCAUUGUGAGCUCUGCCCCUUGCCUGGCACCUCUGCCUACAGGAAGCUCUGCCCCCAUGGCAAGGGCUACAGCACCGAGGGCCAAGAUGUGGAUGAAUGCCACAUGUUUGCUGACCUGUGCCACCAUGGCGAGUGUAUCAAUAGCAUUGGUUCCUUCCACUGUGACUGCCAAGCUGGGUAUACACCAGAUGCCACUGCCACGGCCUGCAUGGAUGUGGACGAGUGCAGCCGUGACCCAAAGCCAUGUGCCUUCCUCUGCAAAAACACAGAGGGCUCCUUUCUGUGCGCCUGUCCCCGUGGCUACCUGUUGGAGGAAGAUCUCAGGAGCUGCAAAGACCUGGACGAGUGCACCUCCAGGCAACACAACUGCCAGUUCAUCUGUGUCAACACCAUAGGCGCCUUCGCCUGCCGCUGUCCUCCUGGCUUCACGCAGCACCACCAGGCUUGCUUUGAUGAUGAUGAGUGCUUGGCCCAACCUGGCCUCUGUGGCACCCAUGGACACUGCCAGAACACCCCAGGCAGCUUCCUCUGUGAGUGUAAUAGAGGCUUCAUGCUGGACAGCUCUGGCCACAGCUGUGAAGAUAUAAAUGAAUGUGACAGACCCCAUCACUGCCAGUUUGGCUGCCAAAACGAGCUGGGGGGCUACCGUUGCAACUGUCCCCAAGGCUUCACCCAGCAUUCCCAGUGGGCCCAGUGUGUGGAUGAAGAUGAGUGUGCCCUGUCACCCACGGCUUGUGGCAGUGCCUCUUGCUACAAUACUCUUGGCAGUUUCUACUGUGUCUGCCCCUCUGGUUUCAGUUUCAACCAGGACCUUGGAGGUUGCCAGGAUGUGGAUGAGUGUGCAGAGCAAGGCAGCCCCUGCAGCUAUGGUUGUGCCAACACACCUGGUGGCUUCUUGUGUGGUUGUCCCCAAGGUUACUUCCGGGCUGGACAAGGACACUGCAUCUCCAGCCCUGGGUUCAGCUCUGGAUCUCAGGCCACCCCAGAUGAGGAAGAGUCACUCUCACCUGAAGCCUGCUAUGAAUGCAAGAUCAAUGGUCUCUCCCCUCAGGACCGACCAAGGCGCAGCACCCAUGGAGAUCAUCAGGUUAACCUGGCUACCAUUGAUGCGGAAGUCCCCUUGACCUUGAGCCUGAACAUCUCAAGCCAGGGCCAAGUCAAGCACAUCUUAGAAUUUCGACCAGCUCUUGAGAGUCUGGUAGGCCAGAUCCGUUAUGUUAUUACCAGAGGCAACAGCCAAGGUUUCUUCCGAAUGAGUCACCUGGCUGGCUUCAGCUCCCUGCAGGUUGGCCGUGGGAGACCAAGACCGGGGAAAUACCAGCUGGAGGUGGUGAGUAUAGCAGGAGCUCAGGGCCAACCAGGGCCGGCAAACCAAGCCUUGCGGCUAACAGUCCAACUACAGCUGCUCUAG